UGGAAGUAGCCGCAAGCAUAGGGUGGCUAAUUCGACCGGAAUGGAGGAGUUCAGUCCUACAAAAGCUGUUGGUGUGGGAGUUUCUGAUUGAGUUCUCCAUCUCAACAAAAAAUAUCGAAAGCGCAAGUAUCAUAGGCUUGCACUUAUUGUUUUGUCUACCACAAGUUGAGGAGGAGCUAUUUCUUAAUAUUGGUUCAAGCAAACUUGGUUGUCCGCUCCAUUUUCUCACUAUUUCUUCUUUUUCUCAUCCACAACCCACAAAAUCCAACCUAUGCUGCUCUCCCACAUCCUCGCUUUCUUCUUCUUUGUCUUCUCCCUCUCCUUCUCCUUCUCUCUGUUUUUCCUCUGCAGAAGUCUCAGGAGGCAGAGGCGGGAAGAAGAGCAGCACCAUGACGACCCACUUCUUCUCCGAGUCCUGGUUGUCAAAGCCGAAUCUUUGUCGAAAUUGAUUGAUGGGGUUCGGAGAACCAGCGACAACGAGACUGCCCAUCUGCCCCAUUCCCUCGUCCUCGAAAUUUUGCCAUCCGAUUCCCCCAAAUGGGCUGCUCUGUUUGGCGGUGACCCGGAUGGAGCGGUGUCGGGUUAUGGGGAUGAAUCCUCCGCCUGUGGGGAAUCGCAGAUGUUGAUGAAGAAGAAGAAUUUCGAAGAAGUUGAGAUGAGAAUUUUAUAAAAAUUACAAUUUUUUAACUACCAUGUCACACAUUUAAUGGUCCAUUUUUAGAGUUGACCGUCACGUAAGCAAAAGUUAACGAAGUUGGACGGAGAGUGACCAAACUUGAACUAUUUAACUAAUUUUAGUUACCAAAAAUGGAAUUAAAUAUUUCUAGUGACCAACAUGAACGUUUGUAAUCUUCAAUGACCAACCAUGCAAUUAACCUCAAGGAGUGUG